AUGCAUAUAAAACAAGUAAUCAUCCAGGGCUUCAAAAGUUACAGAGACCAGACAGUAGUUGAACCAUUUGAUAAGAGACAUAACGUAGUCGUAGGUCGCAAUGGUUCAGGAAAGAGUAACUUCUUUUAUGCUAUUCAGUUUGUACUCAGUGAUGAGUAUGCUCAUCUUCGUCCAGAACAACGACAAGCAUUACUGCAUGAAGGUACUGGACCUAGAGUUGUAUCAGCUUAUGUUGAGAUAAUUUUUGACAAUGCAGAUUCUAGAGUUCCUAUAGAACAUGAAGAAAUAUACCUGAGACGUGUGAUUGGAGCUAAAAAAGAUCAAUAUUUUCUGAAUAAGAAAGUUGUACCUAGAAGUGAAGUUAUGAAUCUGUUGGAAUCUGCAGGAUUUUCAAACUCAAAUCCUUAUUACAUUGUUAAGCAGGGAAAAAUUAAUCAAAUGGCUACAGCUCCUGAUGCUCAUCGUUUGAAGUUACUCAGAGAAGUAGCUGGUACAAGGGUUUAUGAUGAAAGACGUGAUGAGUCAAUGGGAAUUUUGAGAGAAACUGAAGUGAAAGUUGAAAAGAUUGAGGAAUUCUUACGUACUAUUGAGGAGAGAUUGAGUACUCUGGAAGAAGAAAAAGAAGAGUUGAAACAGUAUCAACACUUUGAUAAGAUUCGUAGAGCUCUAGAAUACAUUAUACAUGAGGUUGAAUUGAAUGAAAACAAGAAAAAGCUUGCAGAGCUGGAAAAACAAAGAAAUGAAUCUGGCAAGGAACAGAAAAAUUUUGCAGAUAAUCUUAAGAAAGCUCAAGAAAAUAUAAAAAAUUUAGCCAAGAAGGCUAAGGAGACUAAAAAAGAAUUGAAUGCCCUAAAAGAAGAACGUGACAUCCUUACAAAUGAUCACCAACAUCUGAUCAAAGAAAAGGCUAAGCUAGAUUUGACCAUCAAAGAUUUAUCAGAAGAGGUACUGGGAGAUAAUAAAUCCAAAGAAAGGGCUGAAAAUGAAUUGGCCCGUCUAACCCAGUCUAUAAAAGAAAAAGAAGCUGAGUUAGAAAAAGUGCGCCCACAAUAUGAAUCAAUGAAAAAACGGGAAGAAGAAUGUACAAGAGAACUAGCUUUGAAAGAACAAAAGAGAAAAGAGCUUUAUGCAAAACAAGGCAGGGGCAGCCAGUUCACCUCCAAAGAUGACAGAGAUAGAUGGAUCCAAAAUGAAUUGAAAUCACUGAACAAGCAACUGAAGGACAAGAAAGAUCAUCGUGACAAGCUGGAGGCUGAUUUGAAAAGAGAUGCAGCUAAAAAUGUUGAAUUGACAAAAAAAAUUGAAGAGCAGUCUCAGGAAUUGGAGAGGCAAAAAAAUUUCAUUGAUGAGCACAAUAAGCAGUGCUAUGAGUUGAAAAAGAAUAAGGAUCAGUUCCAAGCACAAAGGAACGAGAUCUGGCGCAAAGAGAACAACGUCCAGCAGAACCUGUCCUCGCUGAAGGAGGAGCUGGCCAAGGCGGACCAGCGGCUGCGUUCGAUGGCCGGCAAGCCGAUCCUGAACGGCCGCGACAGCGUGCGCAAAGUCCUCGAGACGUUCGUGGCACGCGGCGGACGCGAGGCCGAGAUAGCAAGGCACUAUCACGGCCCCGUCAUCGAGAACUUUGAGUGCGAGAAGAGCAUCUAUACGGCGGUCGAGGUAACGGCCGGCAACAGGUUAUUCCAUCAUGUUGUCGAUACAGACAUAAUCGGCACGCAGAUUUUGAAGGAGAUGAACAGACAGAAGUUGCCUGGUGAAGUUAAUUUCAUGCCACUGAAUAGGUUGAAUGUCAGAGAACAAGAUUAUCCAGAAGAUUCGGAUGCCAUUCCGAUGGUGUCCAAGCUCCAGUACGACCCGAAAUACAACAAGGCCAUGCGCUACCUGUUCGGCAAGACGCUGAUCUGUCGUAACAUGGAGGUGGCCACCAAGCUGGCAAGAACCACCGGCCUGGAUUGCGUCACGUUGGACGGCGAUCAGGCCUCCUCCAAGGGCUCCCUCACCGGCGGCUACUUCAACUCGGCCAGUUCGCGGCUGGAGAUGCAGAAGACGCGCAGCGAGACGAUGAUGCAGAUCCAGCAGUGCGAGCAGGAGCUGAAGUCGCUGAGGACGGAGCUGGCGAAGACAGAGACUAGUAUCAAUGGGAUCGUGUCGGAGAUGCAGAAGACGGAGACUAAAAACAGCAAAGCAAAAAGCAUCUAUGACAGAGUGAAAGGGGAGUUGCGGCUGAUGCGCGAAGAAACCUCGAACAUCGACAAAUUCAGGGGCCCCAAGGAGCGGUCUCUCACCCAGUGCAAGUCAAGUUUGGAGGCUAUGCAGACCACCAAGGAAGGUUUGGAGUCCGAGUUGCAUCAGGAGCUGCUCUCCCAGCUUUCGGUUCAGGAUCAAGCGCAGGUCGACUCCUUGAACGACGAUAUACAAAGGCUACAGAAGGAGAACAAAGAAGCCUUCAGCACUCGUAUGAAGCUCGAGGCCGAGAAGAACAAGUUGGAGAACCUGCUAACGAACAACCUGAUCAGAAGGAGGGACGAGGUGCUGCACGCCUUGCAAGAGAUAUCGCUGGAGGACAGGAAGAGGCAGCUGACCAAUUGCAAAGCGGACUUGGAGGAGAUCGACAAGAAAAUCGAGAAAGUGAACAGGGAAUUGAACUCGAUGGAGACUAAAGUUAAGGAGAUGACGAAAAGGAUGAAGACUGAGCAAUCUGAGCUGGAAUCCUGGAAGAAGAAGGAGAGAGACGCUCAAGAUAGAAUCGAUGAGGAUGCCAAGCAUCUUGAGAAGUUUGCUACCAAGCAAAAUUUGUUGGAACAGAAAAUUGCAGAGUCUGUGGAAAAAAUCAAUCAACUGGGAGCGCUGCCUGCUCAAGAUCUGUAUUCCCAUUACAUCAAGAUGUCUUCAAAAUCUCUGUUCAGGGAACUGGAAAAGGCCAAUAAUCAGCUGAAAAAGUUCAGCCAUGUAAACAAGAAAGCUUUGGACCAAUUCAUGAGCUUUUCUGAUCAGAAAGAGAAGCUCCAAAAGAGAAAAGAAGAAUUGGACAGAGGGGACGAGAAGAUCAAAGAACUGAUAACCAUGCUGGAGCAACGCAAAGUGGAAGCCAUCCACUUCACCUUCAAGCAAAUCUCCAAGUUCUUCACCGAGGUGUUCAAAAAGCUCGUUCCGGUAGGCCGCGCCAAACUCGUCCUCAAAACCAUCGACCACGAAGAAGGCCAUGAAAUAGGACCGGACGACAAGAACGCCGAUAAUUUCACCGGCAUCGGCAUCAAGAUCUCCUUCACCGAAGCGGAUGCCGAGAUGAAAGAGAUGAACCAGCUUUCCGGCGGGCAGAAAUCCCUGGUGGCCCUCGGGCUGAUUUUCGCCAUCCAGAAAUGCGACCCGGCGCCCUUUUACCUCUUUGACGAGAUCGAUCAGGCGCUGGAUCCCUCCUAUAGGAGAUCGGUGGCGAAUAUGAUCCACGAAUUGUCUUCCGAGGCGCAGUUUAUCACGACGACGUUCCGACCGGAGUUGUUGGAGCACGCGCACAAGUUUUACGGGGUCAAGUUCAGGAACAAGGUUAGUCACGUGGAGUGUGUGACUAGGGAGGUGGCGAGGGAUUUCGUGGAGGAUGACCAGACGCACGCUUGA